AUGGUCCCGAGGUGUGCCUCUCGAGUCGCGUGCCGACUGGACGUGGGCACUUCCGAGACUUCAGCCAUUGAGCAAUGGGCAGAGUCAGGAGGUCUGCGGCUCACGUGGUCAGCUGCAGCAAGCCUAGGGUCGGUGAUUUGGCCUCAGACGCUCAAACGGCUGAUAUUUUCUUCGGAUAUGCUCGUGACCGCAGCGACGUGGCCUGCCUCCUUGCAGCAGUUGUCGUUUGGAGGUGAUUUCAACAAAUCCAUCGCUGAAGAAGUGCCCAUCGUCGGAGCCGUGUGGCCGACCUCCUUGCAGCAGCUGUCGUUUGGAGAUGCUUUCAACCAGCCCAUCGUCGGAGCCGUGUGGCCGUCCUCCCUGCAGGAGCUAUCGUUUGGAGAUGCUUUCAACGAGCCCAUCGUCGGAGCCGUGUGGCCGGUCUCCCUGCAGGAGCUAUGGUUUGGACAUGCUUUCAACCAGCCCAUCGUCGGAGCCCCGGCUUCCCUGCAGCAGCUAUCAUUUGAGGGUAAUUUCAAUCUGCCCAUUGCCGAAGUCAGGUGGCCUGCUUCCCUGCAGCGGCUAUCGUUUGGAUACUCCUUCAAUCAGCCUAUCGUGGGGGUCGUAUGGCCGUCCUCGCUGCAGCGGCUUUCACUUGGUCGUGAAUUCGACCAGCACAUCGUCGGAGUCGUGUGGUCGGCCUCCCUGCAGCAGCUAUCGUUUGGUUAUUAUUUCAACCAGACCAUCAUCGGGGUAAUAUGGCCGGCUUCCGUGCAGCAGCUAUCGUUUGGUUAUUCAUUCAACCAACCCAUUGCUGAAGUCGUGCGGCCGGCUUCCGUGCAGCAGCUAUCGUUUGGUUCUUCAUUCAACCAACCCAUUGCUGAAGUGGUGUGGCCGACUUCGCUGUAG